UUAUCUUAAAAGUAAAACUUUUUGCGAUUCAUACUAAUUAUGGCAAAAUCGCAUUUAACUUUAGAGUUUUUAACUAUCAAUGAUUUUAAGAUUUACAGUACAACAGCACUAAAAAGUUUUUUGAAGAUUAUAAAAAAAGCUACCACAGGUUCAUUUGAAACUUUAGUUGCUAGAGCCUUUAGUGCAUAUGAAGAAGGUUGUGAAGUUGAUGUUGAUUGUAAACACUCAGAGCGAUUACUGCUUGAUGUUUAUACUGAAAAAUUUUUGUUCUGCAAUCUUCCCGAUCCUUUUUCAUUAAAAAUUGGUUGGUGUGGCAAAGAAGAAGGCAUGAAAUCUUGGCCUAGUCUGUUUUUUAUGGACAUAGAAAAAUAUUUUUUAAAAGUCAGUAGACAAGAAAACCUAUGUAGAAAAUUAAAAAAGUGAAUACAAUGAAGGAAAAGCUUAUAGAUACUAUUCAAAUAAUUUUAUUGGGGAAAUUUUUAUCUACAGUGUUAGUUGUGAGUCCAUAUAUUGUCUGUUUAAAACAAAAUUUGUUCCCUCACAGAGAGUUGAGGCAAAAUCUUAUGAUGUUUGGGCAAUUGUUAAGAAAGAUGCAAAUGUUCAACCUGGGGGAACUAUUAUUGCAAGCUAUUGUACUUGUGUUACUGGAUUAUUAGGAAGUUGUAGUCAUGUAGCUGGUAUGCUAUUUUGUAUAGAAGCUGCAGUAUUAUUGGGGUUUACACAACUCACUUGCACUCAAAAACUUGCAGAGUGGAACAUUCCUUCUAAAAAGAAAAAAAUCGAACCAGGAAAACUGACUAAUUUUGAUGUUAGUGCAGACCAUUACAAAAAAAAAGUUUUAAAAAGAAAUUUAAAUCAAUGCAAAGAUAUUGUGAAAAAGCGUCUUGAGUAUGUUCCAUUUUGUAAAGAAAAUGAAGCCUACCUGAAAAACAAAGAGAAUACAAGAAAAAAUCUUUUUAAUGAAAUAAAGGAUCUUAUACCUCAAAGCUGCUUUGCAGAAAUAAUGAUUGGUAAAAAGCUUUCUUCUGAAAUAAAUAAAAAUACUGUACAUGUGGAUUCAAUAAAAGAAGCUGUUGAGAAAUUUAAAAAAAAUCCAUCAUUUUCAGCUAAAGAAAAUAUAAACUUGGUUGUUGAAAAAUUAGUAAGUUGCCUUCACCUAACUGAUGAACAAAUUAAAUAUAUUUACGAGAAAACUAUAUUGCAAUCUCAGUCUAGAGAUUGGAUAAUCCAUCGUAAGUGUAGAAUGACUUCUUCAAACUUCAAGCAAAUAUACACACGUACAAAAUCAUAUUUAAAUAAUCCAAAUAUUUGUACUACUUCCAUAUCAAAUAUCAUAUUAGGAGAGUCAGUUUUCAAACAUUUUCAAUGAAGUAUGGAAUUGCUCAAGAAGUACAUGCAAAAAUUAAAUAUAAACAUUUAAUUAAAAAAUCACAUGAAAAUGCUACUUUUAUUAAUCCUGGAAUGACUAUUCUUAAAACACACCCCUUUAUUAGUGCUUCACCAGAUAUGGAAGUAUUUUGUUCAUGCCAUGGUGCUGGAUUAGUUGAGAUAAAAUGCCCAUCAAGUUUAAUGUUUAAAGUUCCUUCUAACGAAACCUACUCUAGCCAUUUAGAGAAAAUUGACGGCACAAUAAAACUUAAAGUUAAUAGCAGCUACUAUUUUCAAAUACAGGGACAAUUAGGUGUUACAAAAAAAUUAUAUUGCGACUUUUUCAUUUUUUCUGAAUGUGGUUUUCAUCUAGAAAGAAUUAAAUUUGAUGAGGUUUUUUGGUUGGAUAUGUUAUGGCACUUGAAUUUGUUUUGGUGUAAAGUUAUAACCCCUCUUCUCCUUAAUAACAAUGAAAAGGUUCAGCCGGAGUUAAUCAUAAUUAAGAAGCCUUUAACUAGCUAUCCUUUCCAUGAUUUGUUUCAAGAUGAUAGCAAGAAUAAAUUUUUAAUUGAUUUGACAUUGAUCUUCCUUUAGAAUAUAACAUGUAAAUUUUAAAACUUUUACAAGAUUAAAAUUUUUGUUAGUUUUCUUUUUUUGGUCAACUGUUUUAUUGAGUCAGCUUAAUAGAAGCUUUUUGGAGAUAGGUAAAUAAAAAUAUUAAAAUAGGUUUUUGUAAAGUACGUAUUAACACUAAACUUAGACUCUUUCUCCUGCAUGCUUCUGUAUACUUUUAAAGACAGUCUCCGAGGAGGGGUUUUUAAAGGUGUUCUUUUAAAAGUAUACAAAAUUUGUGUACAUGCGUAUUAUUUAUUACAGAAUCGAGACCAUUCCUCUCCACAUUUUUGUAAAAUUUCAAAACAUGAAAAACAAACAAGAUCAAAUUUUAUUGUUUGGGGUCUUCCAUAAACUAUACACGCAGGUAUAGAGGGAAAAAAUUACUAAGAAAACGCAUGAAUGCGAAAACGUAUGAA